UUCCCCUAUCAUUACGUAGAGUCGCAGAAGGUAGUCAUUUAGAAUGUUACGUCGAAUGCAAUUCAUGUAAAAUGCAACCUGAAAUUGCCUGUCUGCUUAGUACCUAUACGAAAGCAAUUUGACGACUUAUAGCUCUAACGAUAUAUUAUUUGAUACAUUCUUAAUAACCUUGCUCCAUAUAAAUGCAGUCUCCAAGUGCAACUUUAGUAUUUUGUGGUGAUGAUGUUAGUUCAAGCCAUAGCCGAGUUAUUUAAAUAUAAGAUGGUCGGUAGUAUCAUAGUUUUAGCAUGUUGGUCAUCUCAUGAUAAUACAAGCCAAGGUAAUCUUGCAAACAUCACUGACCUUGUUUACAAUAUUAAUGACGUCUAUAUUCACCCAAACGUCAGCAUUUCCCUGCACCCCUGGGCGGUCUGGACUAUUCGUGGAGGUCUACAAGUUUUGUUUGAGCGCAACAGAAUCUUGAGGCGACAGAAUCUUGAACAUUACCCAAUAAGAAUCGCUACUCCAAUGGGUCUAUAUUCUGAUGGUCGGUAUAAUGGAACGUUCAAAGAAUACUUGUUGGAUAUGACAAUGGCUCAUCGAGAUAUAGGGGUGCGUACUGGCUACAUCAGCUCGACGCUUAUGAUCCAAUGGCUGAACGCUUCUGAUGUACUGGUCCCUACGAUGCUCUGGGGAACAGAGGUGAACAAUAGUAGUAUGAUGUUGAUGUUACGAUAUGGCUCCUCAGACCUUGGCGGAGGUGCACUUCGAAUGAUGCCAGAGCGUUUUCGAAAGCUAGACUACACUAUGCCUAUUUGGCCUUUCAAUGUUGGAUUCACAUACCUCGCCGAACGCGAGAGCAGCAGCAAUAUGUUCCUGAAACCGUUUACCAUCAACGUCUGGUGGUGCACCUUGAGCCUCUUCAUCGUUCUGGCCCUAGCGCAAAGAAUCACAGCCAAACAACCAAUGGAGAAAGAGGGGGCAUACAUCGCUGCUCUUGCCACGUAUUUGCAGCAAGAUGCCAGCGCCGUACCAGAAGGUGUAUCGGGUCGUUGGUCAUUCCUGGUGUUGUCUAUAUCGGCGAUGCUGAUCCACGCCUAUUAUACCUCCGCCAUCGUUUCCGCACUUAUGAGUGCUGGUAGAGGUGGGCCGGACUCCCUGAGAGCUUUGGGAGACUCGAAGUACGCAAUCGCAUCGGAGGACUACGACUACAUACGAUAUUUGAUGUUUGAUGUACAAACUAAGUGGGACGACUUGGAAUAUUUAAAAAAGAAGAAAUUGACGUCAAGGUUCUAUCAGGAAAUCUACACUGGGGUGAGAAUGCUACAAGGGGGUCAGACGGCUUUUCAUACGGAAUACAACCAGCUUUUUCCACAUUUGAGAAGCUUUACUGAUGAACAAAUCUGCAAGCUGCAAUAUAUUGAUACCAUUCCAGAGGUAUUGACCUGGGUAACAGCAACAAAAAACGGUCAAUGGACGUCCACAUUCAGGAUAGCAGGGGCUUGGCUGCAUGAGACAGGCUUAGCAAAGUGUUGGGUAACCCGCCUUCGCCUGAAACCACCUCCUUGCCGCGCGGCUCUCCUCGCUGAAAGAGUCAAUAUCGACGAUGUAGCUCCAGUAUUGAUACUUACCUUAGCCGGAGCAGUAGCUUCUCUUAUGUUACUGGGAAUUGAAAUCUUGAUUGCUAAAUGGAAAUGGAGGAUGACAUCUGUGUAGCGAAUUUACGUGUAAAUGAGUCAAGGUCAUAUUUGAAAAU